AUGGCCACAGUCACGACCGAGACCAUGGCGCAGAUCAAAACCUUUGUCCAAGACAAGGUGCAUCAGACGACGGAUGCCGCUGGCCUCUCCGCCGCCGAGACGCGCAAGAAGGCGCAGGUGACGCUUAAGCAGGCGCAGGCAACGUCCUCCGCCGUUGCAAACUCUUCGAUGGACCAGCUCCAGUCGUUGCUCGACCAGCUCAACCGCAGCAGAGUCGUGAACGACGUCAAGCUGCUCGGCCAGGCGCCCAACCUCCUCGUCUCGGGCCUGACGGGCGGCGGCCUCGACGACCGCAAGAUGCUUCUCGAGCAGCUCAUCACGCUCCUCGCCAGCAUGCCCGUCACAUCCAACAUCAGCCGCACCCUCUCAAAUGCGCUCAUCACCAUCAUCUGGGGCGACUUGCCUCAUCCGCCCAAUUCCUUCAUGGGCCCCGAGCACCGUUUCCGUCGGGCCGACGGCUCGGACAACAACAUCCAGAAUGCAAAGCUCGGCGCUGCGAACCAGCCCUACUCGCGCAAUGUCCAGCGCACGCAGCCCCAGCCCGUCAACCUCCCCGAUCCUGGCACCGUCUACGAUCUGCUGCUCGCGCGCGACACCUUCGAGCCGCACCCCAGCGGCAUCAGCUCCCUGCUCUUCAACUUUGCCAACAUCAUCAUUCACGACAUCUUUUCAACCACACGCAAGCCGGGCGCUCACUCGUCGUACAAUGAACACUCCUCCUACCUGGAUCUGCAGGUGCUCUACGGUGCCAAUCAGGAGGAGCAGCGUCGAGUGCGAACCGGCACCAUGGGCCUCCUCAAGCCCGACGCCAUUGGCGACUGGCGCCUCGUCAUGAUGCCCCCUUCGACGACGGCCCUCGCCAUCAUGUUCGGUCGAAGUCACAACUACAUUGCCAAGCGUCUGUACGAGGUCAAUGAAGGUCACCGAUUCGACGAUCUCGAGGGAGAGCCGCUCGACGAAGAGCUCUUCGGCAUUGCCCGCCUCGUCAACUGCGGCCUCUUCCUCCACAUCAUCCUCCGCGACUACAUCCCCGUCAUCCUCAACACCAACGACUCGGAAUGGUACGUCGAUCCGCUCGAGGUCAUCAGCAACGUCCCCGGCGUCGGCAAGGUGGAGCGGGGCAUCGGCAACUCGGUCGCCGCCGAAUUCUCGGUGCUCUACCGCUGGCACGCGGCCGUAUCCCAGAUGGACGAAAAGUGGAUGAACGACUUCCUCUCGUCGAGAUUCCCUGGCAGGAAGCCGGAAGAGGUCUCGCCCAAGGAGUUUGUCGAGGCCGCCGCCGAGAUCAAGUCCGAGUUCACUGACACCGAUCCGGGCGAGUGGAACCUGCACGACUGGGAGAGGGAUGCCCAGGGCAAGUUCAGCGAUGCCGUCCUGGCUCAGGUCGUCAAGGACGCCGUUUCGGACGUGGCUGCCGCCUUCCGCGCACGCGGUCAUCCCAGCUGGUUCCGUCCCAUCGAGAUCCUCGGCCAGAUCACGGCGCGCAAGGACUGGGCGCUCUGCACCAUGAACGAGUUUCGCCACUUCCUCGGCCUCAAGACCUACUCUUCCUUCCGCGAGUGGAACCCGGAUCCCAAGGUGUACGAGGCUGCCGAGAUGCUCUACGGCGACAUUGACAAUCUCGAGCUCUACCCAGGUCUCAUGGCCGAGGAGGCCAAGCCGAGCAUCCCCGGCAGCGGCCUCUGCCCUGGCUACACGAUCUCGCGCGGAAUCCUGAGUGACGCCGCUGCGCUCACCCGGGGCGACCGCUUCUACACCAACGAUUUUUCGACGUCGAACCUGACCAGCCGUGGCUACGAGCACAGCACUGCCCCGCAGCCAGGCUCGCACGGCCUUAUGGGCAAGCUGAUCAUGUCGACGCUGCCGGGUCAAUUCACGUACAACUCGAUCUAUGCGCUCUAUCCCUUCCGCAUCCCGUCCAAGUCGAUUCAGAUGCUCAAGGAGAAGCGCGUGCUCGAGCACUACGACACCUCGUACCCGGCUCCGGCGCGUCGCUGGCAUGCGAUCGAAUCGUACUCGGCCAGCCGCAACCUUCUCGUCGACUCCGCCUUCUUCGUCACGCUCCCGUCCGUGUCGUACGACGAGAGCCUGAUGUCUUCGGCGCUCCAGACGAUCUCGGGCUGGCAGGGCGUCGUGGGCGAGUUCUACAGCGUCAACACGGACUCGCUCAUGAAGGCGCGCAGCAUUCCGCUCGCUCCUUCGGGUGGCCAGCGCAUUGUCGACCUUCUCGACAUCGUCAACACGGUCUCGGCGCAAUUCACAUCGACCCUGUUUGGACUGCCGACGCCGGGCACCCACGGCCUGCAUCUCGGCAUGUCGCCGCAGGAGCUCUUCCUCAUGCUCGCCAAACCGCUCGCCUUUGCCAUGUACGGCUCGUUUGACUUCCAGGGCCACCAGACGUGGCAGCUCGAGGAGCAGUCCGAGACGUGCAAGCGUCGCCUCAAGAACCUCAUCUGGGCGCGCCUGCACACGAUCGACGGCAUCCUGUCCCCCGUCUUCUCGCUCGUCCAGAACAUCUCGAACGCGCUCGGUGGCCCUGGCAACAUUGCCGCCGGCGAGAUGGCCAAGCAGUUCUACCACGCGCUUCUGGCCUCGGGCAAGACCAACGACCAGCUCGUCCGCGACUGUCUCAACAUGAUGAUCUCGCUCACGGCCACCCACUCGCUGGUGAUGAUGCAGAUUUUCAAGUGGUUCCUGCUCGAGGAGAACGCCGAGGAGCUCUCGGCCAUGUACACGCUCGCCCAGAAGACGGAUCCGGACUCGAUGGACGCCAUGCGCCGCCGCCUCAUGGAGGCCUACCGCGUCAGCAGCAUUACGCCGGCCCAGCCCAAGUUUGCGCUGCAGUCGGUCGUGCUGCCGGAUGCCGACGGCGCCAAGGUCCAGGUGCAGGCCGGCGACGGUGUCUUCAUCUCGCCCUCGGCGCUGUACCGAGACCCGCUGCUCUCGGACAAUCCCGAGCGCUACUCUGCCUCUAGCGAAGUUCCGGUGCGUCUGGGUCUCGGCGACGCACCUUCCCAGGCGAUCCUCGAGAUUGCGCUUCCCGCCAUGGCUAGGCAGUUCUUCAAGCACGCUGGCCUCCGCAUGGCACCCUCGGGCCCACCGCCGGUCGUCAACGACGCCGGCCCGAACCCCAACGAGAAGCUGCCCUACUUUGUCGGCAACCGUGGCACGGAACAUCCGCUGCCCAUGGAGACGUCGAUGCACCUCAUCUACGAGGCGCAGUAG